GUGGGUUACUGACCAGUGACCAGCCACCAAAUAUUAGCUCAGAGAUCUACUCCGAUCGAUACCUCUACCAAUACUUUCCUCCUCCUGCUGUUAUUCUCUUGUUUCUGUUUCUAUUUUUUUUUGCUAUAUAAUGGCUGCUCAAUGGCUUUUCAUUUAAGAUAUUCAAGAAAAUUAACACUUUCUAGAUCCGUACUGCUCUCCAAUUUACUCGCCGGAAAUGGCGGACUCUUCCUCGGCGCCGCCGAGUUACACUCUCCCGAUUACGAACAAAUCACGGCGUUACGAGGGGGAGGAAUUCAAGGAAAGCAAGUUGAUGGUAGCUCUUUGCCCUUGUGUUUUCUGUUUGAUGCUUUUACUCGUAGUAGCCUCCAUCGUACUCAUUGUCAAAUUCCGUUUAUUUUGCCACACCCCUCUUCACUCUCUCCUCUUCAAGAAAGUUUGCCAUUAGCCCGACGGCAAGAUUUCAUACUUUGCUUAAAACCCAAAACUUCGCUAUAUUGCUUCAAUAAAUUUAGGCCCUUCUGUAAGGAUGUUGAUUCAGCGCGUUCUGAUUCUGAUGUUGAGACUGAUGGUGAGAAUGAAUCUUUUGUUGUUGAUGACGCCGAAUUCGAGACUGAUCAAAAGGAGGUGGAUAGGGUUUGUAAGGUGAUCGAUAAAACGUUUGCUGUAGAUAGGAAUAUGGAGGCUGUUUUGGAUGAGUGUGGGGUUAAAUUGAGUCAUGGUUUGGUGUUAGGUGUGUUGGAGAGGUUUAAGCAUGCUCGCAAACCUGCAUUUCGGUUUUUUUACUGGGCUGCUGAGAGGCCUGGUUUUGCUCAUGAUUCAAGGACUUACAAUGCAAUGAUGAAUAUUCUUGGAAAGACUAGGCAGUUCGAGACCAUGGUUUCAGUCCUUGAAGAAAUGGGUGCGAAGGAUUUGCUCACAAUGGAGACUUUUAGUAUUUGCAUUAAAGCUUUUGCUGCUGCCAAAGAGAGGAAAAAGGCUGUUGGGAUGUUUGAUUUGAUGAAGAAGUAUAAGUUUAAAGUUGGUAUAGAGACGAUUAAUUGUUUGUUGGAUGCCUUGGGGAGGGCAAAGCUUGUGAAGGAAGCUCAGGUGUUGUUUGAGAAGUUGGAGGAUAGAUUCGCUCCAAACUUAAGCACAUAUUCUGUUUUGCUCAAUGGUUGGUGUAGGGUGAAGAAUUUGAUGGAAGCAGGCAGGACGUGGAAUUCAAUGAUUGAUAACGGCUUUAAGCCUGAUAUCAUUGCUCAUAACACAAUGCUUGAGGGGUUGUUGAGGAGUAAAAAGAGAUCUGAUGCAAUCAAGUUGUUCGAGGUUAUGAAGUCUAAGGGUCCACUUCCCAACAUUAGGAGCUAUACAAUCUUGAUUAAGUAUCUCUGCAAACAAGGUAACUCGAAGGAAGCUGUUGACUACUUGGAUGAUAUGCUUACUUCUGGAUAUGAGCCAGAUGCUGCUGUAUACACUUGCUUGAUGACAGGCUUUGGGAAUCAAAAGAAGAUGGAUAUGGUGUAUCGGUUGCUAAAGGAGAUGAAGGAAAAAGGGUGCCCACCUGAUGGGCGGAUGUAUAAUGCUCUAAUCAAGAUGAUGACGAACCGCCACCUGCCAGAUGAUGCAAUUAAGAUAUAUAAGAAGAUGAUCCAGAGCGGCAUUGAACCAUCCAUUCACACUUAUAACAUGAUAAUGAGGUCUUACUUUUUUGCAAGAAAUUAUGAAAUGGGUUGUGCAGUUUGGGAGGAGAUGAGGAGGAAAGGUUGUUGUCCUGAUGAAAACUCUUACACUGUUCUCAUUAGGGGACUUAUCAGACAGGGAAGAUCCAAUGAAGCCUGCAAGUAUUUGGAAGAAAUGAUAGACAAAGGAAUGAAGGCACCUCAACUUGAUUACAACAAGUUCACAGCUGAUUUUUGCCGGGCUGGUAGAGCCAAUAUUUUGGAGGACUUAGCCCAAAAGAUGAAGUUUUCAGGAAACUCUGACGUUGCCAAUCUCCUGGCAAAGUGGAAGAUGAUGAAGACGAGGGUGAAGCAAAGAGAUUACCUUAGAGUUGCUGGAUUUUUUAUUUGCCAGAAUCACUGAUGAACUCUUGAAUUACAGUCUCACUGGUGCAGAGAACUUUAGAAUUGUUGUGUGCUUGUUGUAAAUGUUUGUAACAUCAUCAUUGCUCAAAUACCCACUGUAUUACAUAAUUUGUUUGGUGAAUUAUAUAUCAUUUGACAAAUAAUCUUUGGAUCUCAGGAGUAAUAACUGGCCAGUAGUAGGUCCAUCACUAGCAAUUUUUGGUGUUGUAUGUUUAUUUUCUGAGUUUCUGUCAUCAACGUGUAAU